GUGCACUUUGGCCGCUGGUUAAUUGAGGGUAGCCCAUACGUCAUCCUCUUUGAUAUUGGGGCAGCUGCCUGGAACCUGGACCGCUGGAAGGGGGAUCUGUGGAACGCGUGCAGUAUCGGGCUGCCCUAUCAUGACAGAGAGGCCAACAACUCGCUCAUCUUUGGUUCUCUUGUGGCCUGGUUCUUCAAGGAGUUAACAGACCAACUACAGGACAAGCCCAAUGUAAUUGCUCAUUUCCAUGAGUGGCAGGCUGGGACAGGACUUCUACUAAGCCACUCCCGAAAGAUUCCCUUGGCAACCAUUUUUACCAUGGCAAUGCAGACUUCUACAACAACCUGGACAAG